AGAGGGGCGGUGGCUAAUUGCGUAAUCAGUUGCGAAAGCAUUGUGUCACACAGCUAACAGCUAGCUGCUCCUGUUAGCUGUUUAUCAAACUUUAUCCGCCCGGCAGGUUUUAAGAGUUCUGUCUCAUCCACCAUCUCACAUCGGAGGACGUGUUUAUCACACACCCGGCGGGUGGCUGUGUCGUUUUAUCAGAGAAACCCGGAGAAGGUGUGAGAACAGCGCAGUUAGCCGGGUGAGAGCGCAGGCUGUUGGAUGUGUUUGUGCGGUAUCACCGGGUUAGCUUGACAGCUAGCUGAGCAAAGAUAAACACGCCGGGCGGAGGAAUGAACCACAAGAGCAAGAAGAGGAUCAAAGAGGCGAAACGCAGCGCCAGACCCGAACUGAAGGACUCGCUGGACUGGAUAAAACACGGCUACCAUGAGACCUUCGACCUGUCGCACCGUACUGUGAAGGACAGUGUGGAGCGCGUGGACACCCUCCAUCUGACCACAGAGGAGUUCAUCGAGCGCUUCGAGCGCCCCUACAAGCCCGUCGUCCUCCUUAACUGUCAGGAGACCUGGCCCGCACGGGAAAAAUGGACGCUGGAGCGCUUAAAACGCAAAUACCGCAACCAGAAGUUCAAGUGUGGUGAGGAUAAUGACGGUUACUCAGUGAAGAUGAAGAUGAAGUACUACGUGGAGUACCUGGAGUCCACCCGUGACGACAGCCCGCUCUACAUCUUUGACAGCAGCUACGGUGAACACGCCAAGCGGCGGAAGCUGCUGGAGGACUACGAUGUUCCCGUCUUCUUCAGGGACGACCUCUUCCAGUUUGCAGGAGAGAAGCGCAGGCCGCCUUACAGAUGGUUUGUGAUGGGCCCGGCCCGGUCCGGCACCGGCAUCCACAUUGACCCGCUGGGCACCAGCGCCUGGAACGCUCUGGUUCAGGGACACAAGCGAUGGUGUCUGUUCCCCACCAACACGCCACGGGAGCUGAUCAAAGUGACGAGAGAGGACGGCGGCAACCAGCAGGAUGAGGCGGUCACCUGGUUCAGCGUGGUUUAUCCCCGCACGCAGCAGCCCACCUGGCCCGCAGAGUUCAGACCGCUGGAGAUCCUGCAGAGACCCGGGGAGACGGUGUUCGUGCCCGGUGGAUGGUGGCACGUGGUCCUCAACCUGGACACGACAAUCGCCGUCACUCAGAACUUUGCCAGCUCAGUUAACUUCCCCAUCGUGUGGCACAAAACGGUUCGAGGACGUCCCAAACUCUCCAGGAAGUGGUACCGGAUCCUGAAGCAGGAGCGGCCCGACCUGGCGGCGCUGGCAGACAAAGUGGACCUGCAGGAGUCCACGGGCAUCGCAUCGGACAGCUCCAGUGACUCAUCCUCGUCCUCGUCCUCCAGCUCGUCCGACUCAGACUCUGACGCGGGGUCGGGCUCUGAGGGCGACGCCAUGUCUCACCGAAGGAAGAAGAGACGCACCUGUGGCACGGCGGCCAACGGAGACACGAGCAGCCAGGAUGACUGCGUCAGCAAGGAGAGGAGCUCGUCACGGUGACCUCGGCCCGGCGGCGGUGACUCUACGGCUCCAGCUGCUUCUCGUCUCGCUGAAGGUGUGAAACCCUGAGGAGGAGGAGACCUGCCACCACUGUGCUUUUCUCUGUAGCUUCUGUAAGGAUGAGGCUGUGAAGAGGCGUUUAUGGAGCUGGACGGCUUUUGAGGGGCGUGUUUAACUGUAAACGAACUGCCGGCGUCACACUUUGAGCAGGAUUUCACCGGCACUUCAGCUUUUCCACCAUUUCUCCAACUUCAAUGUCAGUUUUCUGCUUUUCAAACUCUGAUAGCGUCUCCGGUUUCUCGCCGUCGACUCGCUGGUCGUCUACGUGAAUCUGAGCUCUUUGGUGCUUUGGGCGGUGUACAUGGGAACGCCUCCGGAGCCGCUGUCUUAAAGGGACUGUAAUUGUCCCCCUGACGUUUUCAAAGGUUCCAGUGGAAUAUUUUUAUAACAGAACAUUUGCAGUUUGAGUUUGUAGCAGAGAAAGUUUCUAAAAAUCCUGAUUGAUCCGAACGCAGCGUGACACAAACCGAUCUCGAUGUCCUUUUAUGAAACAUGUAGUAAUCAGCUGCCUCUCCAGUGAGCUCUUAUCUCAUGGACAGACUCCCACUCUCCACCUGCUGCAGGUGUGCACAGGUGACUCACCCCCCACCCAGCUUCCCCUCAGAGGAGCCUGAGGGAAGAACAGGCACCUGCGGUCCAUGAUGGAGGAGGUGGAGUGCAGCUGUGGGGCGAGAUCGUCUCUGGAGAAGCAGCUGAAAGAAGUCGAAAACGACCACAACAGCAAGACAGGAAGUGACAGGCCUAGCUAGUUGGUACGGACUCAGCUUUCAAAAUAAGAGCGCAUCACGGUUAGCUGGUGGUCCUUUGGUGUUGGCUUUUGUGUGCUGAUGCGGUCGAUGAGUUUCUGAUGUGAUGCCUUUUAAACCGUUUCCUGAUUGAAGGACGUGAGCAGCGCUUUUAAACACGUCUUAGAUAAACGUAUUUUGUUCUGACAGUGUUGAACCUCGUCCGUUAGCGUGGGCUCAGAUCACACCGUUAAUGAAUGUUUUAGAUAAACGUCCACAGGCUGGGAUGUUCCUCACACCCUCUCGUUUCUGCCUGCGUGCACGAGCUGAAACUGGGUCAACGUUCUGUCUCAGCUGUUUCCUGUUAUCUGGAGAGACGAGGGUGGCGGCGUCCACGUCUCAAGUCGGCGCUUCGUUUCUGUUCGUUUGUUUGCAAACUGUCUUAAGAACCAGAUGUGACCCGAGGCCCGGUCCUCUCCUCUCCACCUGACGCUGAAGUCAUGGAGGUGUCAACUUAGCGCCUUAACGUGCCAGACGGAGACUUCCUGCCUGCUGUCUGACACUUCCUGUUCGAACCAAACAGACUAAUGACAUUAGAGCAGGACCUCUGCAGCUCUCAGCUGAUGUUUCUACUUUGUGCCAAAAUCAACAGACGAACAGCCGAGAGGUCGUGGACGGCGGUGGCGUGUGGGAGGAGCCUGCUAGUUUGUUGUUGAGUAUCAGCUGAGGCUUCAUUUUAAUUAUUCAUAAACUUUCUGACCACAGCAACUAAAAUCGUAUCGUAACAGUGAAAACGGGCUCGCGUGCGGCUGUUUAAAGGGACGUUUCGCCCCAGUGAUGCAACGUGUCCUCCAGCCUGUCUCAGAGCAAAGUGUGAGAGUUUUUAUUUAUGUAUAUAUUUUUUUAGAGGUUUGUCUUCUUCACCAUGACCGCAGUGACGCUCCAAGUACCAAAAAUCCAUUAAAAAAACCUUUAGAAAUCUCGACCCGGUCACUGUUCGGUUUAAUGAGUAAUCUGUAAUCAUGCAGUCUGAUAUUUGUCUGCAAGUCUGGAGCUGCUGAGGUUUUUAAACGUUCAGGAGAAGCAAAGAUGUCUGCCACCCCGGCACAGCAGGUGACUGCAGGCUGGAGGGAACUUUUAUUCUGAGUCUUUGUCGGGCGACCUGUCACUACACUGGACACGAAAUAUAAACAUCACCAAACAGAAAUGAAACUAAAGAUGUUUUAAUUCCUGAUCAAAUGUUUUUUCUAAACAAUCAGAGAAACGUCUCAUUAAAGCCCAGAUCUGUUUAAUCUCCUGUCAUCAAACACAAACCAGAGUCAGAUCGCCGGCUGCACCUGUGCGUUCGCUUCCUGCCGACCUGUCGCGUUAAAGUGCCUGACAGUGCUGUGACUGACUGUAGGGGGCGCUGUUUUACCUGUUCUCAAAGGCACGCUGCUGCUCUGUGACGCCGUCACACGGUGCCUUUAAGUGAAGGUGUGCGUUCUGUGUCGCUGACGAGAAGCUCAGACGUGUGAUUGAUUUCAUUGUUGCUCAAUAAAAGUUUUCUAUGAUUGAAA